AUGAAGGACGCGGACGAUAACAAAGAUGAUGAAGAUUCGGACGACGGCGAUGACAACGAAUACGAUGGUCAUGACUGCGGCGACGUUGGUAGUUCCGGCCGUAGCGAUCACGGGGUUGAGGCAGGGGGCGAGGCCAGGGGCGGGGGAGGUGGACCCGGGAGCGGGGGAGGCGGAGCCGGGACCGGCGAUGAUGUCGACAUGCAUGACUGGCUAGGUAACGGGCAGUCUGCGCUGAAGGUUCGCCUGGAUAUCUUCCACGGCCUCCAACGCGUGUCAAAGCUGUGCAAGAAGAGCCACGGCGCCUUCAGGCCCUUCAUGGCUCGACUGAGAGAUGCCUUACUUCAUUGUCAACUGGAUGACAUCAAAGAGGUAGAGCAGGCCCUUGGAUCCAAAGGAAUGAUACCAGAAGCCGUUGCUGAGUACAAGGACAAGAACUGGACGUAUUUCGUUCGGAAUUGUCGGCGGCUGGUGCCGGAGCAGAAACGAUUGCUCGAGCGCUUCAAUUUGGUGAUUAGUCAGUUCCAGAACGUAGUCGAUGCGAAAUCCGGAGAAGAACUUCUUCGGCCUAAGGCAAUGCAGGCCAUCGUUCAGCUCGGAUCUACGAAUGGAUCUGGACUCCUCGGGGAUCUUUGCUGUGCGCAUCACGCAUCUACCUUGCCUGCUGUAUCUUUUGUCGUCGACUGA